UCUGUCAUUCGAGCGAGGUUAGGGAGGUGGAACAUAUAUGCGGUACGUGAGGAAAUGGAAGGUGUGAUAGAGGAAUAGUGAAGAGAAAGGAGGCGACGAAAAGCGUGAGUAAUGAUUUAUUAAUCGAAUUGCAUUUCAGUAUGUGAGAUUAAAUUAGAAUGGCUGUGCAUUAGAAAUAGCUUGUGUUCGAAGAGCUUUCAAAAGACGUUACCUUUCAUAUGUUUACAUGCUGUAGAAGCGUGUAUAGCGAAGUAAUAUACUGCUUCAAUAAGUUAUGUAAAUUUUGCGUAAGAAGGGUCAGACACUGAACGGUAGUUACACCUUUUAUACUCAAAAGGUGUUUCAUUGCAGGAUGACCUGACUUCACGGAAGAAAAGUGAACUAAUAACUGUAUGUGUGGUAGGAUACCAAAUGUCAGGCGGUCCGUACCACCCCUCUGAAAAUCCGGGGUCAGAAGGAGCACCUGGAGAUGGUGCUCUUCAGCCACGCAAUCCACUACUGUGUUUCCUAUGUGAUGACUAUUAUAGUGAGCCAUGUUUGCUUACUUGUUACCACACCUUCUGUGCAAGAUGUCUAAGAGGGAGAGAGGCAGAUUCAAAAAUAUCGUGCCCAUUAUGUGGGCAACAAACGGUCUUAAAAGAAGGGACAACGCUUCCUCCACCUGAUUACCUUAUGACUCAGCUCAUAGAGCUCUCCAAUGCAGAAAAUCCACCUUGUGCCAACUGUGACAAGAGAGACAAGGCUUCCAUGUACUUUUGUUCCACGUGUGGACAAGCUCUAUGCAAUCACUGCCGUGAAAACACACAUCGUGCUAAAAUGUUUUCUACACAUGAUGUUGUCCACAUGUCAAAAUGCUCAAAGGAAGGACAUAGAAGGUGUGCAGUACAUGGAGAGCAGUACAUAAUGUUUUCAAACACUCAGAAAAAUAUGCUGUGUGUCAACUGCUUUCGCGACACACCUACCGAAGCUAGACUCCACUGUGUUGAUAUAGACACAGCAUAUUCUCAGGGAUGUAAAAAGUUGGACAGAGCUGUUUUGUCUGUCUGUGAGCUUCAAAACUCUGUACGAGAAGGUCUUCUUAUGUUCAAAAAUUUACUAGAUGAACUGAGGCAUAAUAUGGAGAUGGAGAAGCACACAAUAAAUAGCUUUUGCCAGGGUAUGCAGGAAGCUAUUGCGAAGACCCAUGCAAAUAUGAUAAUGGAGGUACAAAGGCAGUUUGAAACUAAAGAACGGCAAUUUAGAGGACAGCUAAUGAGUUUGGGGACUGUUCUGCCUUUACUUCAACUGCACCUUCUUCUCUGCUCAUCCUUUUCUUCAUCAGCAAACAAGUAUCAGUUUUUAGAUCUAGCUUAUCCUAUGAUGGACAGGCUAGCCGCAGUAUCACAGCUUAGUCAGCCUCUAAGAUCUGUACAGUCAAGUCAGAUACGAACAAAUUAUCGUAAUGAAUUUUCUCAUGCUUUGGAGCCUUGGGUGGGGAAAGGUGCUUCUGGUUCACAACAGCAGCAACAUUCACAACACCAAGAAACAUCAGGAGAAGGAGGUGGAGCUUUGUACGAAUCAUCACAGCAGCAAGUGCAACAAGGCCAACCCUGUGCUGCAGUGCAUGGCCAAGUACAGGGACAUGCCCACCCUGUCAUGCUUCAUCCUCCUCCUUCUCGAAGGCAGCAUUCAGCAUUGAGGGCUAAGGCACUUGAAGGGGAAGGUCCUUUCUCCAACCACUGUAGGAGUUUUGAUACUCAGAUAAAAGAACUAAGUCAGCAACUCUGUGGUGUAAAGGAGCGGCUUGGUGAACUUCACAGAGAUGUCACGUUAUUGCGCCGGGCACAUACUCCACCCCUGGCUGCAAGAUACGAGCAUGUUACCAGAGAAUGUUCAUUACUAGAAGAACAGUUAGAAAGGCAUCAAGUUGAACUUGAAAGGCUGAAAAAUGUUUUUGAUACUUUAUGGGAAGAACAACUUUGCCGAAUACAUGUGGAGCAAGAGAUCUUCCAGUCACAGAUGAAUGAUAUUUUAACAUUGCGUUCUGAAGUAAAGCACCUGAGUGCAAUUGCUCAUCAGCUGGAACCAUAUGUAAAAUCCCUAGCAACAGCAGAAUGCAUAGGACCUCAAGGAAGCACAGAUCGUGUACAGCCAAGUGGCCCUGAAUCUGGAACACAAGAAACAUCACAUCAUCAACUGCAGUCUCUACUUGAACAUAUCAAUAUGUUACAGAUGGAUGCAGCUAACUCAUACAGAAUCAAUGGCAGUCAGAAAGUUGAAUGUCGGGUCCAUUCAGGGCAAGCAAUGACAUCUCCCACAUCAGAAAAUAUUGUGUACAUGAAAGUUGAUGGGAAAGAAGCACCAGUGCGGGAAACUUCUCGUACUCGAGCAAUGAGAGACGCCCAGCCUCUGGAUGCUACGGCUAAUGCAGUUAUAUUUGCAAGUAGACAGCAGCAACAGCAACAGCAGCAUCAACAGCAGCUACAACAGCAACAACAGCAGCAGCAUCCAAGUACAGCCCAAGAUUUUCAAGUUGCUGAGACAACAAGGGAUGGCAAGAGAGGUGUUCUCAGCCAGCUUAUUGAAAAAGUUCGCAUUAAGGAAGAUCGCAAAAAGUCGCCAGUGCAAGAAGAGGCAAGGGUGGUGUUAGGAAGAGAAAGGAGUAAAUCUGAUGGAAGAGGCACUGUUUGUGCAACAGACAGUUCUCGGUCAAAGCAAUCAAUCGCAGUGACAGGAGAAGAAAUGAAGCAAGUUACUAGUGCUGCAGUUGGGAAAAUUGGCACAUUCAGAACUGGUAAAAUGGAAUCCUCAUCUUGUCGGUACGGUAGCACUACCUCUCGUGAAGGAUCAUCAAAAGUUGCUUCCUUCUACCAUACUAUAAGUGGGAAAGUCUUAGGUUCAAGGGAUAGUGAUAGAUCUGAUCCUUGUGUAGUUUCUGAACAAUCUCUCAGUUCAAAUCUUCAUACACACCAUCAUUUGCCUCCUCCUCCCCCACCAACAUCCUCCAGGAGACCUCAGUCUCACCACGAAGACAUGACAGCAUCUGAUUUGAUGGGGACUGCAGCAUGCACGGACGGACGUGAAAGGCUCGACAGUCACUUAAAAGACAAGUUGCACGAUACAAUGGGUCGAGCUACAAUGGUGGGACGUGCCAUUCGCCCAGGAUCAGUUGGUGAUAAAGUAGAGGACAGAGCAGGAAUGGUAAAUGAAGAAAGUGAAUAUCAAAGAAUAUUUGAUGCAACUGCUACAACAUCACCUGUCAGUGAUGGUUCAGUAGGGGGAAGUGUAACAAAGCAAGCUGUAAGAGCUAUGGUGCAUCGUGAACCUAGUGCUGUAGCUAGCACACCGUCAUCACCCCACAGGCAGAGGGGUCAUCUCAGUAAAAUGGUUAGGAUGUACCCAGCAUCUGACACAGAAGAUAAUGUAUUUUAUACUCCAGAGGAACAAACUGGAGAAGAUAAGUCCAAAAAACAGAAUUCUUGUGAAAGUUUAACAUUAAGCACAGUUUCGGUUAAUAGCAGAAGAUCGUCAAUGGAUUUAGGAGAUAGAAAAACAUUAGUUGUAGUCAUUGGAACUAGUAGUAAAGCAACCAAAGCCAGGUUAAUGCAGAAACAAAGAUCAUGGGAAACAUUUCCUCCAAAGAAACGGAGCACUGAAGAGCAAAGAGAGAGCUACAGUAAAUUUUGUAGAGAUCCUGAUGCAUUUAGAGGUGGCUUUGAAUGCAGACCACAGAGUGAUGGGGGAGGCCAGAGUACAGCUGGGACCAGGGGAGAAGGAGGAGCCCUGAAGAAAGCAGACAGCUUUGAGGGCCAUGAAGAAGCAGUAAGAACAUUGGUUGCAGCAGUUCAGGAAACAAGAACACAGCAAAUGCAGCAACAAAGGAAGCAGUCUCAGUCAAAAUCUAGCGGCAACUAAAAUAAAAGUAUUUCAGAAGCUUAUGAAGGAAGGAUCUUAUUUGUCGGUAAGCAGUUUGAAACUUUUUGCUAUCUAUAAACAGUGUUCAUGAUUCUGUUAACAAUUGUAGAAGGAUGUCAAUAAAUGCUAUCUCUGACUGGAUACAUAGUCAUAAGUGACAUACCUAUCUUGACUGUGAAUCAUGUCGCACACCUCUAUUCUUAUGCAAAAAGAGCUCAUACUAUUUAUACUUUCUUUUUGUUUAUUUGACUGUAGAUCUUAAAUCUCUUCUAUUAAAUGUUGAAAGUCUUGCAGAGCCAAGAAUCAUUAUCUACUGUAACACAAAUUUCAUGGAACCUCUUGUUUUGGCAAACCAUUUUAUAUGUCAGUUGUAAUAAUGAUGGUAGUAAUUAUUUAUAAUGAAGACUCAUGGUAACUGGUAAAUAUUAUAUUGAUUUUUGUAGUUUAGAAUGUAACAGUUCAAUUUCAGCAAUGAUAUUCUGUUUUAUCACUGAUGUGUAGUACAUAGAAAGAGUAGCUACUGCAUAGUUAAUUAAAAGUGCAGAAACAGAUAUGGAACUGUACAUUUUAUACAAACUAUCAAAGAAAUCUGGGUUUCCUUCACACUAUUGUUUUAAAAUUGUUACUACUUUAAAAAAACAGAAACAGAAUGUACUCCUUUCCCAGGAAAUGCAACUCUUUUAAUGUAGAACAGGACAAAAAUAGAUUAAGGCCUCUAUGUACACUUUUUGUACAUUCAUGUAGCAGUUGUGGUAUACACUCUAAAAAAAUGAUUGACCAUGUAACUUUAUGGAAUUUUAAAUUGAGUUGCUAUGACAAAUGGCAGUUUGUGCUCAGUAAGUGGUCAUUCACACAGAUAUUUUAUAUGAAUUAAAUUUUGUUAAAUAUUUUCAGAGUUUUGUGGAUGUAUACCAUGACUUCUCUUUAACGAAUAAUAUACAAUGGCAGAAAUAAUUUCAAAUAUCAAUGGUAAACCUUUUCUGUCAUUAUAUUACAUUCUUUGUAAUCAUUCUAUAAAUGGCUAUCUCUCCUUAGAGUUCCUUUUGUCUUUGUUAGUGUAGGACAGCUAAAAUAAUAUGUUUGACAUGAAUUUGUAUAUACAUGGCCUAUUUAUCAUUAUUUUACCCUACAGAACCAUGAAUUUUCAAGUGUACAACAAAAUCACUCAUGAAACAAAAAGUGGUACUUGAAAUUAAUGCUCAAAUAUAAAUGAAUAUAUUGUAUUCAUAAAUGGUUCCAGUAAAGCAGCUAUGUGAUUCUUACUUUA